GCAUGAAAAUCGCUUGGCUAGUGGUGUGUUGUCAUGCAGAAUUGCUCGGAAACAUCCAAAAACUAGCUGCCGUGAAACUGUGGACCUAGUCCUAAACAGCUGGCGCCAUAAAACAUCAAAUAAUAAUCCAAAAACUAAGGAAAUACGUCUGAGUGAAUAUCUACAACGUUUCUGAAUAUAUUCUUCCAAUUUCUUUGACACCGUGAUCGAUAUUCAAAUCGAAUCAUGGUUAAUGCCAAUGACAACAACGGUUCCAUAAAUAUCGAACUGAAUCGAAGUCUGUUGACAUCCAACAACAAUCCCCUCAAUUUUUAUUUGGAUGGCUUCGAUGUACCACAAUUUCUAGAGACCGCGGCAAUUAUUCGCAAAUUUGGAGGGAAUGUCACACCUCCAGACACACAGACAGUUGUUCUGUCGAUGCCUCAUUGCAUUCCAGGGACUAAUCAAUUACGUUUUCAUAUUGAUUGGCUGUAUCACAGCAUGACGAAGGGAGAAUUGCAGGACAUUGGAAAAUAUUUACUCCCCACAAGCCUAAUCACUGACACUCCCAAAAGCCCAUCAUUCAAAGAAACUUCCACUCAAUUCUUCUACAAUCCCAAUGACUCCACAAUUGACGACAAAAAUCCCCCCCACGACCACUCGAAUAUUCAGGACCCAGAGGAUGCCUCUAUGAUGAACAAGACCGCUGAGACCACAACCAGGAGCUUCAUGACUCGUCGCACGUCAAUGGAGCUCGGCAACAGUGAUGAUGAGGAGGAACUGGAGCAAUCAUGCACUCCAUCCUGCAGCACACGUUCGGCAGUUUUUGAUGAUGAUUCGCCACCUCAGCUGUCCCCUAUCCACAGUGUACCCCAGACGCCUUCAAGAGCCAGAGAAGAGAUGCCACCACCACCUUAUGUCCAGAUGAACAAACCACCACCGUCUGUGGAAUCGAAUACAAGGCGGAAUCGUCGGUCGACACCAGGCACGAGGACAAAGUCAUGUUGUGAUUUGUCUUCAGUUUCUCUGAAAAUGAACAUGAAGGCCACUUCAGCGCGUAAAUCCACUGUUAAGAGGAUUCUAAUGCAAUCUGGGUCUGGUACUGAGAAGCGAGUGAGAGCCAGAAAGAAUCAAGGCGUGAAUUCUAGCAGAGAGAGUACUGGUAAACAUCGCCGAUACACAGUUGAAGAGGAGAAAAAGAUAAUCAACUAUCUCAUUGGGGAAGACUGCAUUCUUCAGGCACGUAAAAUGAGUAUCUCCCAGAGAAUGCAAUCUGCAGGGUUACUUCCAAAUCGCACAGUUGGUAGUAUCAACUCUCAUCUCAAGAAGUUAAUCCAUAAGAUUCGUAAAUUUACUGAUGACCCUGAUGUUAUUCAGAAGUUUGAAACGCUGGGUUAAAAUAUCGUAGUUCAGAAUAAUAGUAAUGAAGAAAGAUCGAGAGGAAAUAAAAAUCAAUCUCCAAAGCUCGAUAGAAGAUAUACGUGAAACUAUCAUUCUUUAGUGAGGCAUCAAUUUUUUUUCUUCUAGUUUUUCUGUAUCAUUGUUGCUACAUAUUUGGAUGGAUGUAACAAUGAACUUUUGUUUCCUGUUAGUAUUCGAUGAUUAUUGGAUUCCCAUUCGAAUCUACUUCAUCUUAUGCGAUAAAUUAAUCAUUAAACGUUGUGAAACUAUGAAUUCGAAAUUUUCUACGAUUCUCCCAUGAUGAAAAUAAUUAUGAAACUGUUAUAAGAUAUAUAGACAAUAAGUCAACUUUUAUGUGCUUCAUCUUCCUUUUCCAUCAGCUGUAAUUUUUCAAACUAUUCGAUGAA